AUGGCAGUUAGUAGCCCAAAAGGCCCAGCAACUGGGCGCAUACGGAAACUCGGGGCAGAAGCUGUAUCGUUGCUGCGAACAUCUGUGUCUAUUACAAGUGUGGCGCUAUGUGUCGAGGAGCUGGUUUUGAAUGCACUCGACGCACACGCAUCUCGCAUUGAGGUGCGGGUGAAUAUGAACACUUUCAGUGUUUGUGUGAGCGACAAUGGGGUUGGGCUGGAUUUGGAGAACUUGCGAUUGAUUGGCGAACGAUACACUACCAGCAAGUUUGAUGGAGAAGAUAUGUACUACGAUGCAGAUGGCAACGAAGCGUUUACAAAGAAUGUGCUCGCCAGACCGCCACGGCAGUUCGGGUUUUUUGGCGAAGCUUUGGCGAGUCUUAGAGAUAUCUCAACAUUAGAGAUCUAUACGAAAACAUCCACCGGACCAAGUUUGCUGAAGAAGUUCAAAGACGGUGCACUGGUGUGCUGUUCGGAUGUGUGUGCUCCAAAGCCUAGUGCAGGGACUACAGUCCAAGUUCAUCGAUUGUUCUACAACAUGCCGCUAAGGCAGCGAGGACAACCCGCCGCUGCUCUCAGUCACAUUAAGCAGACUGUGCAACGCAUGGCGAUAAUACAUCCACAGGUGACCUUCAAACUCAUCAACGACGUUAACAACAAGAUUAUCGUCGAAGCAAAGCAAUGCGAGUCGUCAUUGCAAGCUUUCCGCGACACAUUUCUCACGCUUGGUGCAACGAUGCUUGAUAAUCUCCACACACUACGGAGAGUCGAUGAUACUGGUCAACAGUACACUCUGGAAGGAUUUUUGUCAACCAUCGGUCACUUCAGUAAAUCAUAUCAGUUCGUAUUCCUAAACAAACGGCUGCUUCGCAAGUCCGUCCUGCACAAACAUAUCAAUGGGGUGAUCAAAGACUCAUCAUUGUCAGGUUUGCGCAUGACUGCCGCCGACACGGAUACAGGCCCACAGUAUAGCCCGCCAAUCGCGAAGGCAGAGAAAUUUGGGGUGUAUGUACUGAACUUGAUCACAAAUGUUCCACACGAUGUCUGCAUUCAUCAUGACAAAUCGCUAGUUGAGUUUAAGGACUGGGAUGCAGUUCUGAACUUCGUGGAUGAAGCUAUUUCGACUUUCCUCGCCGCACAUGGUCUGCUGCAUGGUCUAGCUCAAGAAUGCAAUGUAGAGUCCGAAUCUCUUGGAAAGUCGCCAGGCGGCCGUAGUUCUGUGCUUCUACCUUCCAAAGUAUACGAGUACCAUGGUUCUUACUUACGAUCGGCGCCGGUAAAGCGGAAGUAUACCGAACCCCCCGCUAGCACACCGCAGAAACGUCGUUUCAUCAGCAGCCCUGUCUAUUCUCAGUAUGGUUCUCCAGUAACUGACAUCUCGAACGCCUACACCUUGCGAAAUACUCCUCGCACACCCGGGCAUAGUAAGAGACAGGCGCGCACGCGACAAGGCACGCCAGGGUUAGCAAAGGUGACGGAUAAGUUCAAGGCAAAGUUGGCAUCCAUGGGGUAUUCACCACGAUCUCUAUCUAAGACCGAGUCGCCUGCGUCAGCCAACCCAAAGACCACCUGCGCAGUUGCCACCGAUCUCUUGACAAGCCCCGCUAAAUCACACCGCAAGCCGAACUCUGGGUGCGACAGCCGACUACAAUCUUCGUCCCUUGGGGUCGCAUCCACCCGGUCCCAAAUCGGCUCGAACAAUGGCAAUAUCACCGAAAUGCACGAGUCUAUGCAAGCGGUGUUGAGGGGUGGUGGUGAAGCUAAUGCAUCCGAGAGCAAUUCGAUUGCAGUCGCCCAUUGCAUAACUUGCACGGCCUCAGAUACCGCAGGCGAUGUAUUGUCAGCACUGGGUGCUCAUGGUACGCUUAACAAAGACUUUGAGAAAGUAGAAAAUCCUGAUGAUCCCUUGGCCUUUACAAACGAACCUGUGAGAGUGCAGAACGACGAUGAAGAUGAUGGGAAGGAGGAGGAUUCUACGCGCAAGCCAUCUCAGUUAGCAGCACUGUCCGGGAGUCUCGGCUGUCCAUCGGAGGAGACGACAAACCCUAGUGCCAUUCCACCAGCACUUCCGAAUGCCACAUCAAAGUCGAAGCGUCGAUUGCCGCAAUCAAAACACCAGUCUUGCUUUAACCUUCAGCGGCAGAUACCGCCGCUCUUUAGAGCACAUGCCGCACCUCAUAAUUCCACAGCCAGGCGAGAAAAACAGUCUAAAGAGGCGCAAUCAAUAGAACAGACCUUCCCACGUCGAGAUUUUAAAACCAGUGCACAACUUGGUACAGAUAGUCAGGGCCCGACACAUAGCCGACCUCGACCGAGUAAGCCCAGUUCGAACCAAAAUGAUACUUAUGAGCAAUCGCACUACACACUUAAGACGCAUGUUCCAACGUUUGGAUCCCAUUUGGAUAGAUAUCCGGGCCGGCUGUCUAGGCCGUGUUCUUCAGUCACGCCAGGAACUGGGGUAACUGAUCCAUCGCGUGCACAGCAUGAGCCUCACUUACCCUCGCAAUCAGAAUUCGGCACGGAGCCUGUAUGUCAAUUCCAACUGCAAUCGCUGCCGUUCUUGCAAGAUGUUGUCAAACGGUCCGUCGAGGCUCGAGCGAACACUACCCCAGUGGUGUCUACGUCCACAAAGCACAAACCAGGUACUCUCACACACAAAGAAAUUAACCUGCAUUCAUUUGCAAAGAGAUCAUCAUGUUCGGCGUUUGCUCCUACAGGUUCAAAGGAUGUGCGCCAGAAAACUCCGCUCGACGCUGAAAUGCCAACCGUGAUUACGAACCAGGAGGUGUCAGACCACGAAGCCGCAAUUGUGUCUUCCGAUGAAGAAAAUUCGAAUACUUCCCAAUCACCAGCAAUGACUGCUGUGGAUUUGGCCUCUGAAGCCCAAAAUAUUAUACGCCAGAAGGUCCAAAACGUAGAUGAACUGCCAGCCGUUUCAGUGUGCCAGGAGGUGUCUGACCAGGCGAUGAGCUCGACUUCUCGAAAGAAUCCAUCACUAAAAAUCCCAGCACCAACAACUAGACGGGGUUUGGCUAUAGCUCGUGAUGAAGGAGGUUGUAUCUUGUCCACGACCGGGUGUGUGAACAAGUCAAAUUCAACAGUGGCGAAAUCUACUCAACCCAAAGAACCACUUAAGCACGUGGAAAAACACCUGUCGCGUCGCGAACGGCUCGUAAGCAAGGGAUACGGAUCGCGAGAUAUUGAACAGCUUAAUGCGAUCAUUAGAGAAGGCGUGUCUGACUCGAAACUUAAUGCCGCAUUAGUGACCAUGGAACAAUCGAAAGUAGAGAAACAUCGUGCCGAGCCUGCCCAGCAUGUACCUACUAGCGGUGUAGGGGGUUUAAAAGAAAAGAAAGGUACGGCUUCAUCUGAAGACUCUGAGACAUCUACCGAGCUAAAUGUGACUAGCAUUUUAGCGGAGUGGGAAAAUCCGGUAUUGCGGCCCAUGGGUCAGCCUCUGCGGUGCUACUCAGCCUCGUAUGCAAAGUUCCUGAAAGGUGCGGAGGUGACCAGUGCAGAGCCCGUACUGUUCACCAGAGACAUGCUGGACAAAGCACGAGUGCUCAAACAAAUGGAUAAGAGUUACAUUGUAUGUCUCUUACCAUACCGAACCAAUGCAGUGGAUAACCCCGUUGUGGCCUUGUUGGACCAGCAUGCCGCGCAUGAGAGACUAAGACUGGAAGAAAUCUUGUCAGAGUUCAGCAAAGGUCGGCAAAACAAUAUAGGUCCUGUACCGUUAGAUCCUUUCAUAGCUGUCAAGGUAACGGAAGAAGAUGCACAAUGUGUGCAACAGCAAUGCGAAGCUCUCUUACGAUGGGGGAUCGAAGUCAUUGUUGACCUCAGAGAAGCCGCCUUCGAUGAACGGAUCAUUGUGUGCUCAUUGCCCGAGGUAUUUAAAACCGGCAUCCGCGAGGACGAGGUGGGGCAUGUUGUCAGGACUCUGAUGAAUGAACAGAUACACAUUCAUAGAAACACCGGCAGCAUGACCACGAUAUUGCCACGUGUUAUGAAGCGGGUUUUCAACCACGUCGCGUGUCGUGGUGCCAUCAAGUUUGGCGAUGAAUUGGGUAUCGACGUAUGCCGUCAGAUUGUUGCUGACCUUGCUAAGUGCGAUCUCCCCUUCCAGUGCGCACAUGGCCGCCCCACACUCAUACCGUUAGCGGACUUGGAGCAGAUUGAUAAGUACAGACUUGUUAAGCAAAAGCAGUCGUCGGGUGAGAAGCGCAUGGCAUUGGCCUAGCACUGCUGGAGGUCACCUUCACUGAUCAUAUUUGACUGACGAGACAAUAUUGUUGUACAAUAAUAUUAUACAAAGCGAUAAACGAUAAGGUGAUGCAAAUAG